AUGGAGAUUGAUAAUAAUGAAGCGGGAAUUAGUACUACAGAAGUACAAUCAAAAGAAGUAAACAAAGAAAAUUGCAAAAGAUCUUUGAAUAUUCUGAAAGAUAUCAAAUGUUUGGGAUGUACAAAUGAAAAAAAAUGUGCUGCAACAUAUAGAACUUACCUAGAUUUGUGUGAAACUAGAAAAUAUCAAGAAGUGUCGUAUAAAUAUUGUCCGAAUAUCCAAGAAUUGUUCAUAACAGCAAAGAAAACGAGUGCAGAUGAAGAAGAAAUUGUCAUCCCAUUCGUGGCAACAGCAAAGAUUAGCAUGGAGAAAAUAGAAAAACUGCAAGACAAUUUUUCACGACCAACAAUUAAACUUGCAAUCUGUGAUCCAAGUUCCACCAUUAUAUGCUUAUUUAACACAUUAUUUUGUUUUCGAAUAGAUAAAGUUCAUGGAGCAAUGUUUAACCAGAUAUUUUUUCCAACUCUACAACCUCAUGAGGAAAUCGUCACAGUUGGUAAAUAUCUAACAAAGAAAAAUUCUUUUAUCACGACUUUAUGCUAA